AUGACUGAGUAUCGUCCCAUAAGUCUUUGCAAUGUUAUCUAUAAAAUUGGUUAUAAAGCUACAGCUAAUAGAAUCAAGAAAGUUUUGAGCGAUAUUAUAUCCCCUACCAAAAGUGCCUUCGUGCCGCAAAGACUAAUUACGGAUAAUGUAUUAGUGGCUUAUGAGAUUAAUCACUCCAUUAAAACUAACUCUCGAAAACGCUCUAAUCUAAUGGCUAUGAAGUUAGAUAUUAUUUCUUACGCGUGUUUGUUCAAUGGAUCGGAAUGUGGUUCGGUAGUCCAUUCGCGGGGGCUUAGGCAAGGCGACCCCCUUUCGCCAUAUCUUCUCAUUCUUUGUACAGAGGCGCUUAUAGCAAUGGUGCAACUGGUGACGGAAAGCGGGCGAUUGCAAGGAUUUCGAGUAGCUCCGACCGCUCCAAUGGUCUCGAGUUUAUGUUUAGCGGAUGAUACACUAUUUUUUUGCCAAGCAAACGAGGAUAAUGUUGGGAAAAUCCGACAAAUUCUUCAUCAAUAUGCACGUGUUUCUGGCCAGAAUUCUCAGAACAUCUCUAAGGCGGGGAAAGAAAUCCUAAUCAAGGCGGUCGGGGUGGCAUGGAUAAAACGACGCAUUAGGUUGCAUGGAAGAAACUAUGUAAACCGAAGGAAGAUAAUGGGCAUGAGGUUUCGGGAUCUUCGGAGUUUUAAUCUCACUCUGUACCACAAUGGGGACUUCUGGGCUGCGGUUGUGGGCCAUCGCCCGUCGGCCACAUGGCGAGCCAUUGUUGAGGCCUGCGGCCAUUUGAAAGAAGGUGUUCGGAUGCGAAUUGGGGAUGGUACGAAUACAUCGGUGUGGUGCGACCCGUGGAUUCUCCAUGAUAACUACCCGAAGCUUAUCACUCCAAGGCCUGUCCACUCGGCUUUCCCUAAUUCGGUAGCGGACCUUAUUGACAGAAAUACGGGUUCGUGGAAGAUUGAGGUUCUUGAUAAUAUUUUUUGGCUAGUAGACAAGCAAUGCAUUUUUACUACUCCUAUUGGAGGUGCAGGAACGGCUGAUCGAAUUAUAUGGGGUUUCUCAAAUUUGGGUAAUUUUACGGUUAAAAGUUGUUAUCAUAACAUUGUGAGUCGCCAUAGUUUGCGGGUUGGAGAUGUCUUGGUCGGCUCAAAUACUGGAUCACACUCUUACAACUGGAAAUAA